CUCCAGUUAAUUAUGCCAUUCCCUGUCUAUUUUCUUAUCCCCUGACUUCUGUGAACGAACCCGGCUCAAGAAAGAGAAUAGUACCCAUUCGUGGUGUAUGAAAGAUAUUUCUUUAACUAGCAAUUCGCAUUUUCUUGUGAACUUUUUCAUUAUUAAUUAGAAACCACUAGAUCUUCAUCUUCUGACCUCAACAUUUUCUGUUUAUAAAGUAGGAUACUCUGUAGCAGUACUUAGUGUUUUCGCGAUAAUCUUCAAAAAAAAGAUGGCUCGCGGUGUAACUCCUGUAAAGGGCGGCAAAAGCCCGACGAAAGCGAAGAAGCAGGGAGGCAACUCCCUAGCCCUGUACCAACAAGCGAAGACGUCUUGGGUGGCUUUCGCACAACGAGCCUUCACCAACUACGCGUAUCGAACUGCGCUCGCUUAAGGCCUUCAUGAGAAGUCUUUUGUCUUACUCAAUACUUCAUUUGUUUGCUUACUCAAUAGCAAUACUUAGUACGUCGUGCUACUUGUAGGUGUACAACUAACAAGUAUUACUAUUAGUAAUACUUGUUAGUUGUAAUCUAAAUGUCAUCCAAACUUCACCUCCUACUUCUUCUUGCCCAUUUAGUUGUCCAUCUGAUCAUACAUAUUCCUCUACGCAAAUGUACUUAUGAACAACAAAUAUCAAGCAACCUGUUGGCUACGACAACAUCCUGAAAGUGGAAUCCAGUCCAAUCUGCUCUCGUUCAUGAAAUGAAAGUUAGAGAACCUGAAUAUGGUCGUCCGCGUCCAAAGUCUCCUUUCUAACUUUCUUGCAUCUUGGUCUCGCAUGCGUUGAUUGGUCUCUACGUGCUGUUUGGUGUCUGGGUAUCGAAGGAUCUGGAGCCGUUGCCAGAUUUCCUCGAAGGUUCGCUGCACGCUGCCAUUGCAUUCGCGCUCCUUUGCGCACAUGUCAUGAGUACUAUGAUGAAAUUAAAACUUUAAACUUUCUUCUUGCAAUAUAUACUAGAGUAGUUUAUAGACACUGGGUUACGCUGGGUAGCUGGGUAGCUGGGCGGCCUCGCUGGGCGGGCGCUUGGCUAGCGCUUAGCGGACUUGGGGGCCACACGUUGGGCAUGCCGAGCCGAUGGAUUUACUUGCGCCGCGGGGACGCGGUGCAGCGCGUCCCAUAAGCACAAACAAAGGCGGCGCGCCGCCCUCGAGGUUCAGGGCAGCGCUGGCGCAGUGCUGCGCCAGUUUGCGCAGUAGCGGACUGCGCCUGCUUUGUUCAGGCUUGCACUGCGUCGCGCUGCACUGCGCUGCUCGAUGCGCGCAAUGCUGCGCCGCUCCUGUGCACAGCGGUAAACUCGCCAGCGUCGUAGGCCUUGGCCUACGCUAGACUACCACCGCUGGUGGGGUUCUCAAGCGGGCGCCCGAAGGGCGCCCCGCAAUUGGAGACGCCCAGCGUCACGCUGGGCUAAGAAUUCGGUAGAUCUGGCAGAUUUGGGUCGCCCAGCGACCCAGUGUGCCCAGCGUGCCCAGCCCAGCCAUGUUGGGAAACCUUAUAAACUGUUCGAGUAUACUGGUGGUUCUUCUACGAGAUGAAGCAGUUUUGUUCUGAUUUUCAUCACUUUCUUCCACCUGCAGUAGUUGUGCCUACAUUCGUCAUUUUUUUCAUUGAUUGUGGAUGCAAGCAGGUGCACUCUGAAAAACUCGUCCAUGAUCAUCUUCGUGUUGCUGUGCAAUCAUCGCCAUGGCUCAGCCAACUCUUUCAUCAUAGGUUUUCUUCUCCUUUCCUUCCCCUUGAUAUUAGAUAAUGAUAAUUCUGAUAUCCCUCCCAUCGAUCCUCAUCAGACACGCACCGUGCCGGGAAGCACUGUGCUUGCCUUACUGGUCUAUUUUACCAUAUGAUGACGGGGUGUGCCUGUGCCGGAUACUGGAUGGGACGCGCCGGUCAAUUCACCAUGUGCCGGGCGAUGGAUGCGCGACUCCUCGCCUCUCUCGCUGACGUAGGUAUACAGCUGCCGGCUUUUUCUGGAAACUUAUGGCUGAGCAAAGGAUCGGGUAUUCGUUGUUAUCCGCCCAAGAUGAGCCUAGUCCUAGCUACUUCGAGGAUAUACGACUCUUUUUCGAAGAAUCUUAAUCUUUAGCUUAUGCUUUUCACAUUCUACUUGUUCAACUUGUGAUCGGUUUCAGUUGUCUUCAAGAGAGUCGCAUAUCAAUGGCUCGCUCGAUAUGAUUUUUGCUCUACUUCUCUUUAUAGUUUUAGAUCAUCAUAUUGAUAGAUAAGUUUGUCAACUCAACCUUAUUCCCCACCUACUACUUCUCCUGCUGCUCCUCCUUCUAAGAAUUGGGAUGCUGGUCGCGAUGUACAAGUUCAACAGCUGCGUGCUCCUCAUGGUCAUCAUGUAUCAAGCACCAGGACCGGGAUUGCAAAAGUUUUUCAAUGCGACCUUGUAGUCCUAUGCAUAUCAGCUUUAAAAAAAUGAUUCCUUAUGAUGUCAACGGAGGACGAAAGCGUACUAGUUAAAAAGAUAAAUGAUUCCUUGUGAAGAUGUAAAAAACAAAGGAAGUAGUUUCUUAUAUGUCAUCGUCCUAGGUCUCUUCCUUCAAACAAACACUAUAUGUCAUGAAACAAAAGAAAAAGACGCAGGAAAAAGAGAUGGACAUGCCAUGAUGUACGCUUAAAUAUUUUGAUCAUGAUUUUUUCGGAAUCGCUACAUUACAGAUACCACGUAUGAUGAAUACUACAGCUCUUUCGCAUUAGACAGCAAUCGAACAUCUUCCAUCAUUGUCCUUGUUGGCAUGGCGGGUACACAAGCACCAAGACUUAGGUAGGGGAAAAUACGCAGAUGCAAUUUGUGACAGGAGCACCACCAGAUAUCCAGUCACAGCUGCAUUCGUUGACGUCUACAGCCAUCAUGAUUGAUGGAUGCAGGAGAUUAUAACGACAGAAACAAAAUAUACUUAACAGGCUAUUCGACAUAAUUGACAAAUGCAAGUCUGACAAACGACGAGAAGACGAC